UAUAUACCUCUCCACCUUUCUUCUUCCCGCAGAUAAAGCAGAUUACUUCAUCCUGCCCUGACAUCCAACACAAUGGCAUCCUUCACACUGUGGCUGUUCCUGGUGGCUGUGUGGCUUCCGUUCUUUCUUGCAAAUGGACAGGAUCCAGCUUUUGGCACGUUGUCAACCGCCCACAAGGAAGUCCAAAUCAAGAUUGUAGACAAACACAAUGACCUAAGGAGGACGGUCUCUCCACCUGCCAGUAACAUGCUCAAAAUGCAAUGGGACAGCAAGGCAGCAGCAAACGCCCAAAACUGGGCAAAUCAGUGCCUGUACAAACACAGUAAGGCCAAGCACAGAACAAUCGGUACGAGGCAAUGUGGUGAGAAUCUCUUUAUGUCAAGUAGCCCCACUUCCUGGUCAAAUGCAAUCCAAAGCUGGUAUGAUGAGAUCAAUGAUUUUACCUAUGGUGUAGGGCCAAAGCGUCCCAAAGCAGUAGUUGGACAUCUUACCCAGGUUGUUUGGUACUCAUCUUUCCGUGUUGGAUGUGGAAUAGCCUACUGCCCCAAUCAACGUAUUCUGAAAUACUUCUACGUUUGCCAGUAUUGUCCUGCUGGUAAUAUUAUUGGCAGACAAUAUGUCCCUUACCUACAAGGAACACGAUGUGCCAGCUGUCCCAAACAUUGUGACAAUGGACUAUGCACCAACAGUUGUGAGUACGACAACACCUAUGCUAACUGUGAUUCUCUGAAGAAACAAUGGACCUGUAACGUUCCUUUUGUGAAGAAUAAUUGCAAGGCUGCCUGCAAGUGUUCGGACAAAAUUUAUUAAAAGCCCAGUACAGACAAAGCAGGGCUGCGUGCAGGAGGGCUGCAUCACCUGCGUGGACUUGACGUUUGCUAACGAGGAAAUCACAGACACGUUAGCUACCACUUUGAUUCCAAAUAGUAAUAAGUCUUUGUCUCCCGAUCUGCUUUUCAUUUUACAGGAUUAUUUUUUUUUUCAUACAAAAGGUUAAAAAAUAAGCUCAUCUAUGACAACAACUUUGGAUUUUGAUAAAAAAUCGGGCGAUUUCAAUUUCAUGAAUUUAAUCAAGUUGAGGACUCUUAAAGUUGUUGUCUCUUACAAUGAAGUUCACUAGAAACCGGAACUGAAAUUGAGAACCACGUAUAAAAUAAACAAGCUGCAAGGAUAUACCAUACAGCACAGGGGGUCUAGCUAAUAUUCUAUACUAACUAUAAAUGGUGUAUAACCCUUAAAAAUAGUGAAUCACUAUGUUGCAUACCCGAAACUUAUAUAAUAUUGUACAUCAACUAUACCUCGAUUUUAGAAAAAAGACUGGGGAGGAGGUGAGAAGUUAAACCAGAAAACGUGGGAGCCCCAAGGCCUGGGAAAUGGAACAGAGUCUGAUUGAGAACUCACUUUUCAGCUCCUACAGACAACCCCCAGGACCAGCUGGCCUGCCAGCCUAGGGUGGUUCUCCCACCUCCCAGUCUCCCUUCUCCUUCCCCAUCUCUCAAAACCCUGCCUUGCAGCCCUUGGGUGGAGGGUAACCUGGUGCUGGGAAAGAGCUGGGUCCAAAAAAAAAAAACAGGAAAGAAAGAGAGAAAGAAAGAAAAGAGAGAAAGAAAGAAAAGAAAGAAAGAAAGAAAGAAAGAAAGAAAGAAAGAAAGAAAGAAAGAAAGAAAGAAAGAAAGAAAGAAAGAAAGAAAGAAAGAAAGAAAGAAAGAAAGAAAGAAAGGAAGAAAGAGAAAGGAAGGAAGAAAUAGAAAGAAAGAAAGAAAGAAAGAAAGAAAGAAAGAAAGAAAGAAAGAAAGAAAGAAAGAAAGAAAGAAGAAAGGAAGAAAGGAGGAAGGAAGGAAGAAAGGAAGAAAGAAAUUGAGAACAUUGUUCCUAGAACAAAAUGUGUAAAAAGAACAGGAUGUAAUAUCAUUGUCACAUGAAUCCUGGACUACAGUCCUCAUUCUUAGGGCCACUUACAACUAAGCACCUUCCAAGAAGUGUCCACAUGUGCUGUCUUUAAUUUGUCCUCUCUCGUUCACCGUUCUACCCACUGAUCUGGCUCCUGUCCCUACAGUUAAAUUCAAAUUGUUCUUCCUAAGGCAACCUCAAUCUUCAUUUUGCCAAAAUCAAUGAAGAUUUUUGAUUCUUCACCUGCAUAAACUGCACAGUAGUAUAUGGCCACAUAUUCUUUUUUAAGCCUCUCUUCUUUUAGCCAAAUCUUCCCUAAAGAAGAAUUCAAAAUAAUAUAUGGAGAUACUCUUCCCCUAGGAGAUAGAACUUAGUCCCCUCCCUUUUGAGUCUGGGCUUAGAGAUUCACUUCCAGAGAGUAAGCUAUGGAAAGAGAACCGUUGUAACUUGACAGUGGAGAAAUCUGGUCAACGCCGUCUUAACCAGGUGAUCAAAGUUAAUAUCACCAGGAACCAGUCACAUAGCUCCAUGAACCCCCGUAUAUGAUGAGAUUAGAAUAGCAUCUCACGUCUGUGGUACUCCUUCUAAAAACUUGCAACCCCAGUCUCAUUAUGAGAUAAAACCGCAGGCAAACUUAAGUUGAGGACUAAUCUACAAAAUACCCUGACCAGCACUCCUCAAAACUGUCAAAAUCGUGAGCAAGAUUCUGAGAAACCGCUACAGACUAGAGGAGAAUAAGGAGUCAGGCCAUGUGGUCCCCUGCAUCGUAUCCAGGAACAGCAGGAGGUCAUUAAUGGGGAAAAAAAAUGGCGAUAUCUGGAUAGAGUCUGGGGUAUUUUUAAUAGUAAUGUUGUUUCUUAGUCUUGACAAAUGUAUCAGGGUGAUGUUAGAUGGUAACAUUAGGGGGAACUAAAACUGGGACUUCUCUGUACUAGCCUAGCAAAAUUUCUGUAAACCUGAAAAUACUCCAAAAUAAAAAGUGCAUUAAAAAAAAUCCUUUUUUCCUUGGCUCCAUGACGCUUCAUACUUUUUCUCCAGAUUAUCUGGUUGC